AGUGUUCCUUCUGACGCACUUAAAGCCGGGAACAUAUAUAUCAUUUUGGAUCCUGGAUACCUUGUGCUUCCUACCGUUUUUGUUUUCCUCUUUACGGAGCCCAUGGUCUUUUCCCCAGCUGUCAUUCUCUGCCUCUUGAGUUUCUGGUGGAGUUGUCAGUUUAAAACCAACAGUAAUAGCCAAUCUCCUGUACAGUUUUCAGUCUGCAACUGGUCACUCCAUUGGAGCUUUUUGCUUUUUCCCUGAACAGUUCUUCUGGGUAGUGUUGACUCUUACUGGGGUGGAAGCCUGGGCUGAACCAAGCUCCAGCUUCAUCAUCUGAGCCAGCAUACCUAUCCGCGUAGACUGGGAGUCGGCCAAGGAUUUUCUGGUGCUACCUAGUUCUUUUGGAAGGACAGCCAGAGCAAACAAGGCAAAAGUGUAGACACUUUGGGUACUGUCUUUAUCUGAAGAUUUUUUUUUCCCCCUUUGCUAUGUAUGGUGUAUAUUGUAUGGAUUAUCAAUAUCCUGUUGUCCAGGGUAACCAGGAGCCAACAACAACUCCUGACGCAAUGGUUCAGCCUUUUACUACCAUCCCGUUUCCACCACCUCCACAGAAUGGAAUUCCCACAGAAUAUGGAGUGCCACACACUCAGGACUAUGCCGGCCAGACCAGUGAGCAUAACCUGACACUCUACGGAAGCACGCAAGCCCACGGGGAGCAGAGCAGCAACUCACCCAGCACACAAAACGGAUCUCUCACGCAGACGGAAGGGGGAGCCCAGACAGAUGGCCAGCAGUCACAGACACAAAGUAGUGAGAACUCAGAGAGCAAAUCCACCCCUAAACGGCUGCACGUCUCUAAUAUUCCCUUCCGCUUCCGGGACCCCGACCUCCGACAGAUGUUUGGGCAGUUUGGCAAAAUCCUAGAUGUAGAAAUAAUCUUUAAUGAACGUGGCUCUAAGGGAUUCGGGUUCGUAACUUUCGAGAAUAGUGCUGAUGCAGACAGGGCCAGGGAGAAAUUACACGGCACCGUGGUAGAGGGCCGUAAAAUCGAGGUGAAUAAUGCUACAGCACGUGUAAUGACCAAUAAGAAGAUGGUCACACCAUAUGCAAAUGGUUGGAAAUUAAGCCCCGUCGUUGGAGCUGUAUAUGGCCCUGAGUUAUAUGCAGCAUCCAGCUUUCAAGCAGACGUGUCCCUAGGCAAUGAUGCAGCAGUGCCCCUGUCGGGAAGAGGGGGUAUUAACACUUACAUUCCUUUAAUCAGUCUCCCUUUAGUUCCUGGCUUCCCUUACCCGACUGCAGCCACCACGGCGGCCGCUUUCAGAGGAGCCCAUCUGAGGGGCAGAGGGCGGACGGUAUACGGUGCGGUCCGAGCGGUACCUCCAACAGCCAUUCCCGCCUAUCCAGGUGUGGUUUACCAGGACGGAUUUUACGGUGCUGACCUCUAUAUAGAGUCUGCAAACUGCUUCAGAUCCAACAGGGCGGAUACGCAGCCUACAGAUACGCCCAGCCCGCCACUGCGACUGCGGCCACAGCUGCCGCCGCCGCUGCCGCCGCCUACAGCGAUGGUUACGGCAGGGUGUACACAGCCGACCCCUAUCAUGCCCUGGCCCCUGCCGCUAGCUAUGGAGUUGGCGCUGUGGCGAGUUUAUACCGAGGUGGCUACAGCCGAUUUGCCCCCUACUGAAGUGACGUGAGACCCUGCAAAUGGGACAGCCCCCCAGUUCAUGAGGCCUGGCUAUUGCAAUAUUUACUAGUAGAGGAACUCUAUAGCAAGAUGAAGAGGAAAACAAACAAACAAACAAAAAAAAACACAAAAAAAGAGAGAAUACUUUUUUAUACCUCACUAUGUUCUUUGAAUAUGUAUUUUUCCUUUACAUUUCUGCCUUUAAUUCUUUUGUUCCAAAGAUUGUGCAUUUUUUUCUUUUUAUUUUCUUUUUUUUUUUUUUAACUGUGGUAAAAAAAAAAAAAAAUAAUGCAUUUCCAUGUCUGUAUGUCCGUGCUUAGCUUAUUCUGUCAAUCACGGAAGAGGCAGUUAAUGAGGAAGGGGAGACCCUAAGAGCUGACGAAUGCAUGUGAUCAGAAAUCAGCAGACAGAGCUACCAAAGUGUAUGCGGUGCUGAGUGGCUGGGGGGCGAGCACACGUGGAGGAGAUCUUUCUGCACCAGGGUGUUCUUCUGGUCUUCUGAGUUUCUGGUCUCCGGCAGGCAGUUCUGAUGGGCUGCGGCCGGAAUCCACAUGCUGAUAGGCGACAGGAAUUUGUGCUUGCAAAGCACGAGGAUUAAAAAGACACUUUCUCUUCCCUCCUGUCUUCUCCAUCCUUUCUACAAUCAUCUUACCUGCACAGCCUGAGACAGUUGGCAUCGUCUUUGGAAUUAUAGUAUUAAUAUUUCCAAACAUGCUCUCAGACUGUGGCUAAUAAACACCUCAUUAGGAAACUGAUCUCAAAAUGAACUCUGGAGUGUGAAAAAGACGAUUCUCUUCUUUCCUGAGAUCCUAGCACUCCUGCUGGGCUUCUUCCCCUUUCUCUGAACCACAGCUUAGCUCAUCUGUCCUUCUAUGAACUCCCUGCUCCCGAGUCCUCAAGAGUCAGGAAUUUAGGACCCAGGGACAGGAGAAUAAAUAGCCAGCGACCACAUUUCUCAGCUGGAGGGUUAGAAGUACGAAGUGUCGGCAGCCAGUAAAGAGGGUAAGGAAGAGAAAAGAGAUCUCGGAUGAUGUCCGGCAGGGCUCCGAUAGUCCUGGGCUUUCUCUGGCCUCAGGAGGUCAGUACAAGGUAUGAAGCAUACGAAGAGUGUUGGCAAAAGAUGAAGCACCGAGUCCUGGGGCGGCUGUCCCUGGACGUUUGUGGUGAUCAGGGCGUGUAAGGGCAGGCAAAGGUACUUUGUACUAGCUAGCUCCAAAGCCAUAGGAAUUUCCAUCUUCCAGAGCAUUCUGUGAGCCACUUCUCUGUCCAUGGUCUUGAGCUCCCAUGGCCUCUCCGCCUGGCUCGUCAUUAUCCUCCAAAGACACCCACCCGAGCACUUGACCCCUUGGCAUACAUGAACACUACAGGACACAAAAUCCAGAGCCCCCGGGGUUCCUCCCCUCCCCUAGUGGAAGGAGGGUGUGACCUGGCAAAGAUCUCGUGUUGCCAGAAAGAGUCGUGCGGUGGCCACUGUGGCAAGUCACUCCUGUGGCCCCCCCAGCUUUGACUUCACGCAUAUAGACAAAGUAGGGGAGAAGGCGUUUCUCUUCUGGCUACUAGCUGUCAGCGAUAAAGGCAAGGGUCCUGCAGCAUUUCCAAAACGAAGGCAUUAGAAAACAGAAAAGCACGGUCUGUUUGGCUCCCUGGUCUAUUCACAUUGGUACUAGGGUGACCUCUCACCCAAGGGAUAGCUGCUAAAGGGAGUAAUUCAGAGACAUGGAGCUUCCGGUUUGUUAUGGGUUUGUUUUCCAUUUGUUUUGUUGUUUUGUUUUGUUUUGUUUUUUUACUCCUGCCUCCACACAUGUUCUUGACUGAUAACUGAUUCAUGUCCCUGAAUUAAAAUGACUGACCUAUGACAGCAUCAAGCAUUCUUUGUAAGCAGAGUGAUCUAUCCGGGAGGGACUGGCCUAUUGUGUAAAGUACAUGCCUUCUCCCCCAGUGGAGCCCUCUCUCUGCCGAUGACUGAGGGAGAGGCUUUUCCUGGAAUGAGGGAGACAUCAAGGAAGCUAGAGGCCUCGAUGCAAUCUUACUGAUGCUGGGGAGGAAGGCAUGGACUAGGGGAUAAUCAGACUGCCCCGGCCAUUGGCCAUUUUUAUGGGUUCCCCUCCCCAAGCCAAAGUUUGGUUUGUUGCUGUUAAGACAAUUUUUGUUGUAUGUAUAUAAAUAUUUUAGUUAGAGGAAGGGGGUUGGGAUGUGGGGCUUUCACUGUUCUAGGAAAUGGGGGCAGGGAAGAUUUUUUUGUCUUUUCUUUUCUUUUGCUUUUGUUUUGAGGGAGAGCUUUUACUCACUAAAGAAAGAGAAAUUUCAUGUCAUGUUCAAAUAGGGGCCAUUCACAGAAAUGGCAAGCCACCGCGCAGUGGAGACAAGGCCAAAUUUUAAAUGGUUGUGUCUGUAGCAGGGGAGGAGAAUAGGGGACUGAGUUUAGUAUUUUUCUCUUCAUUUUUCCAAGAAAGAGACAAGAAUGGCGGGCAAGGUAGAGAAGGCAGCUCCCACUUUUAAAAGAGGUAGAAGCUCGAGCUUGGGCUGCCUUUACUGCAUUUCAGUUCAGCUGGUUCUGGCUGAGGACUCGGCAGGCAAGCUCUGUGCGUUCUGCUGCAUUUCUAGGGAUGGUUGUAACACGGCUUCCUCCAGAUCCUUUUUCUAAGGGAGGCAAAGCAGACUUCCGCUUUCGCUCAAGGGCCUCUGCUCUUCAGCGUCAGCACCGAGAGUAGGAGCUCUUGUGAGCGCCCAGAUGAGAGCACAGCGGCCUCCCCAUCUCCCUUUGAGCUCUGAGACUCCGCCCAGCCGGCUUCACCGGAGGCAGGUUCCUCGAAGCAUCAGUGCUUGUCCGCUCCCAGCUGUGGUUCCCGUUGGACUAGGAAACAGAGGCGGAAGAGAGUUUGGCAUCUGUGGGUCGUUAGAGGACGCUGGUUGAUGAUUCCAAAAAACACUGCUGCUGAGUCACAGCACGUGAAUGAUUUCCACAGCUUUACUAUAGCUCACGACGUGGACUUGCAUACUUAGCAUCUUACUCCUAGAAGCCGGCCUCCUGUAAGGAGACCGCUAGCGAAAACCUUUAUCGCCUGACCCUCUUUCGGCCCAGAGAGCUAACCUUCGGUCCUUUCUGGAAUCCGUGUUUGUGGCUCAGCUCCCGUGAACCCAGCUCAGCCACUGCAACUCACCAUUUUUAAGGCUCUCAGGUUUCCCCAGACUUCCCAUCACCACCAUCCUCCGACAGCCACGGGUGGGAUUGAGCCAAUGUUACUUUUUCUUGAAAAAGAAGGGGUCUGGGGCCAACCUCUUAGUUCAAGGGGAGCUAGUGGAGAUUAUUCAAUAGAAACCAGUGGUAGCCGCUUUUCCUCAAAAGUCUAACUCCUCAGGGGCUGAACCGCUCUUACUUUAGGUUCCCGUUCCUAUUCCUAGCGAUGUCGCAGACACGUGGGUGAGCACUACCCCCAUCACCAGUCACUUAGCUUCCAGGUGGGAGGGACGUCCUAAACUCGGGAUUGAAGCCGCCCCGAGGGUCUGCCAGAAGGGCUUCAUAACCCCCCUUCCCUGGGACAGGACAGCGGGGGCCCAGUGGGGGCCCCUCUGGGAGGCGCCCCGGCCAGGAGCGCCCUCCCCUCUCGCCCAGCCUGGCCUCCUCUGCUGCUUGCAACCUCUAGCUCAGCAACAUUUGCAGAAUUGCAGAUCCCCCACCCCCACCGCAAUGAUAGGAAGAAAGGGACUUCGGGGGUGGGGAAGGAAUAGUGGUGUUUUAAAAAGCAUACGUGGUACCUGUUUGCACUGUUUUAAGAUAGGAAGAAAGACUAGUGGGCGAGGUGAACAUCAGACGUAAAUCUGUGUUUUUGUUUUGUCACGCUCUUGAAAAUGUCUGGCCAUCUGUAGUACAUACCAGUGAGACUUGGUUCUGUUACGUAAAACACUAUUUUUUUUCUUUUCUUUUCUUUUCUUUUUUUUUUUUUUUUUUUUUUUGGUAAUGUUACUGUCCAGAAGCCUCUUCCCUCCCUUUCCCUUUUCCUCUGUACUUCCUCCAUACUUGCUUUACUGAUCACCCAGGCAAUAGCCAUCCAGGAGCUAGAGCGUGGAGCAGGACCCUCUCCGGGUGGGCGCCGGGUGUCCUCAGCCAGCCCCCCCGCCCGGUGUAGUGAGCGCGGUCGAGUCCGGGCACCUGCCUUUCAGAUAAGGCUUUCGGCCCCGGCUGCGGCCUGGUCUGCAGUUCCUGAAUCAGAUGCUCUAGGAAUGAGGAGCCGAGGGCGCGGGGGAAUCUCUCAAGUUACCCAAGUUGGUACCCAAGUUGGCUGUAGGAGCUGUUCUCCCCGUUACCGGACUGUAGCCAGUGAACAGUUUACUCAGGAAAACGGUAGAUCAACUCAGCCAUGGUAGUGCUGGUCGGCAGGGACUGGUAACCGAGAGAGCCGCUCGUCAGCCAAAACGCAAGCCUUGCCUUUAAGGAGACUGCCCUCGGGGGGCCCGGUCCGCUCGGGCUCGCGGUCACACGCGGGGCGAAAAGGGACCGUCAGCCCUCUUCCCCCCACCCCCACCCCCUGGCCCCAGUUACCGACGCCAGGUUCCCAGGGGGUACGUGCGGUUUUGAAUUUUUUAAAAAGACUUUUGGUUUGGUUUUUCUGGGGACUGAUAAGUGCUUUAAGCAACGUCUAUACCCCGUCGAGACUCCCAGCUUAGCCAUUUUCUCGUGUUUUUCUGUUCACAGUAUUUUCGUGUGUGUGUGCUUGUUUGGGCAGCUCCUUUUGGCUGUAUUAUAUAUCGAGUGAUGAAUUGAUCCUCUUUUUUUACCCUAAGGGAUAUGAAUUGUUUUUUUAUCUUGUGUUAUAAUUCUGCUUUGUGAAUGGCUGGAGCAAACCUGGGGCCUGACACACGUCAGCCGGGGCUGCGAAGUGCGGACGGGGCUGGUGGGGUUGCCUUGUCCCUGACAGGCUGGCCUCCCUGCGUCUCUGAGCUUUUCAGUCCGAAUCUCUGCAAGGCUAAAAACGCCACAGAACCUCUCCUCUUCUCCCCACUCCCCAUGGCAGGGACUGGACCAUCCCGACAUACGACACGCAGCUUCCCCGGCCCCUCCCACUGCCAUGGCGAAACAGGUACCUUUGGGGCGUGGGGGCAUCACGUGGGAUGCUUGUGUAACCACCUCGCCUUCUCUCCCCACCCCCCACCCCCAGAGUCACUUCCUAGGACACCAGAGCUGCUUGCCCAGGGUCCUGUUUCCCUGCAAACCCCAGAGAAGCACCCCGGGGCUUUGUGACAGUCUCUAACUCCCUCCCCUUCUCGUUAAGAAUCCUAUUGUAUAGUAGCUUUCGGACCAUACAGUAUUCAUUGGGUUACUCCUAUUAUUAUCAAGUAGCUGGAAUUGUGAAGGUCGGAGUAGUUAGAUCUUUAGCUUUUAUUCCUUAUUUUUUUGUAUUACUAUCCAUGUGUAUAAAUUAUUGAUCAUGUUGCUGGCUUUUAUAAACUCUAAGCGAAGGAGGAGGAGCGCUGCCUCUGCCUUUGCAAACGGUAAUGAAGCACUGUUUUUAAAUAAAAGAGAGAAACACCA